ACCGUUGUCAAUCGGUGGUCAUUCUUCCCUGUACAUUACAACGGACGUUGUUCUUUCUCUGCAAACUCUUUGGUGAAACAUUUAUAAAUCCAUCAGUUUCAAAGGAGAACUGAGCACCGGGAUUUUGGGGACAUUAAUUACAGGCACCCAACAAAAAAUAGAUUCUCUGAGACCAUCUCAACAAGAGCAGCUUCAAAGUAGAGUGUUUCUCUGAAGGAGGACCUGACAAAGAACAUUUCCUGAACCCCUGCCUGUGCCCUCCACCAGCUGCCAAAAAUGGGGAAUGCCAAAAGCAGUGCUAUGUCCAAAGAGAUCCUGGAGGAUCUCAAACUCAGCACCAAAUUCACAGAGGAUGAACUGGCACAGUGGUACGAGAACUUCCAGAAGCAGUGCCCGUCUGGCCGUAUCACACCAGACGAAUUUAAAAAGAUCUACGAACGUUUUUUCCCAGACAGUGACGCCGCAUCAUAUGCCCAGCACGUCUUCCGCUCCUUUGACACGAAUGAUGAUGGAACAUUGGAUUUCAAGGAAUACAUCAUCGCUCUACAUAUGACAUCAACUGGAAAGACGGAGCGGAAGCUGGAGUGGGCCUUUUCACUCUUCGAUGUUGACAAGAACGGCUACAUCACCAAGUCAGAAGUGAAAGAAAUCUGCCAGGCUAUCUUUAAGCUGAUCCCUAAAGAGGCCCAAGAGGAUCUUCCAGAAGACGUGAACACUGCUGAGAAGAGAGCAGACAAACUGUGGUCGUACUUCGAUAAAAAAGAAAAUGAGCGAUUGGCUGAGGGCGAGUUUAUUCAAGGUAUUCUUGACAAUGAAGACGCUAUCCACCUUAUUCAAUAUGAGCCCAAAAAGUAACAAUAAAACGAGAACAAUAACACUGUAUUUUUAUUGUCAUGUGAUUUCCUUUUGUGCAUUGCCCCUUUUCUUUAUCAUUUUGUUUGUUUUUAUCUUUUACCCCUUUAAUCUGGGCACAUCUGUCUGUUUUUUUUGUUUUUUUUUGCAUUAGUGCAAAAUCAUUUUGUCGAUUUCUGAAAGCCCAUUAACUGCAAUAUAUUUGGAGUGAGUCAUGCUAGAUGGAUUGAGGAUAGGUUAAAGUGAUUAUUAUUAAAGAUUGUAAACUGAUAGUAAAGUGUCACUGCUGGGAACAUAAUGUAUUGAACUGUGUGAAAAACGUAGACUUUCUGACAGAUUAAAUUGUAAUGAUAUUGAGCUGUAUCUACAGUAAAAAGAAGUAAAAUGCAGAUGAAGACCAACUGAAAAACAGAAAAGGAAAAAAAAAAUUAUCAUCCAGGAUGAUUGCACAAUAUGUUCAAUAAUGGUUGUCAUUUAAAUUGUGCAAAUAUGAUUUUUUGAUGUCCACAGCUGAGGAAUAAAACUAAAACAAUAAAAGCUACCAUGAGUCUCACUA